UCGUCCUACCACCAUCACCACCACCUUCACCACCACCAGGGCGUGCUGCCGCCGUCGCCGCCGCCCAGCCUGCAGUCCUGGGGGCUGCCCGGCAUGACGGACAUGCACGUCAUGGAGUCCGUGCCCGGCCACACCGUGCAGGGCAUGCAGGCCCUGCAGCCCAUCGGCUCGGACGGCUGCCACUCGCCCGGCCUCAGCGACCGGUCCCUGAGCCCCAACCCCAGGGACGCCGUGCAGCACACCGUGCAGCACACCGUGCAGCAGCGCCACCUCCAGCACCUCGCCGCCUUCCACGAGCAGGUGCAGCAGCCGCGCCAGGACGCCGCCAUGGCGCUCGACGACGAGGACGACGACGACGAGGACGAGGAGGACGACAAGAGCGAGGUCGCCAAGCGGCGCCAGGGCGGCAAGGCGCUGAGCCCCGUGGUCGUGAAGAAGCGGCGCCUCGCCGCCAACGCCCGCGAGCGGCGUCGCAUGCUCAACCUCAACACGGCCUUCGACCGCCUGCGGACGCACCUCCCCUCGCUGGGCAGCGACCGCCAGCUGUCCAAGUACGAGACGCUGCAGAUGGCCCAGACGUACAUCAACGCCCUCGUCGACCUGCUGCACUGA